CUAGUGUUGUCUAUCGAGCAGUAAACACCUUAUUUUCGCGUCUGCGUUUUGUAGUGGUUUUUCGUUCGCAUAUUUUUUUUUAUUACAAAAAAUAUUUUUACUCGUUCUGAUACUAGUACGGUGUCAUUCGUGUUGCCUCCAAGAGAAGAGUGGAAGUUUGAUUUUGAAAUAUUAUUGGUGUGCAAUUUUAGUGGCAGCAGUAAGCAGAGUAGAAUCCACCACAAUGUGAUGUCUAGCGAUUGAGCUACGUAAUGAUCGAAUCAAAAAGGAAUCUACAGGAAGAAAGGAAGAAAUGGAAAAAGAGUUCAAAUUAGAUUUCAUAAGAUCAAAUAUCAUCGGCAAGUGAAAAGAGAGAAGUGUGUGAAAGGAAAAUAAAUAAUUAGAAAACCGAAUAUUAUUAAAGAAUGAUUGUUUUAUAUCAUUCACACACCGCAUUUACGGAGCACAGACAAUUUGAUCAUUGGAUGGUGAUUCACAUGGGAGGCCUGAAUAAAAGAGUCGAAUAACUAGGAAAAGUAAAAAUAAAGUGUGCAGUGUCUGCUGACUGUGAUCGGCAUAAGGAAUCGAUGAAAAUGGUUUUUGAGAGUAAUAACUAUUAUUUAAAAAGCCUGUAGAAAUGAAAGUUAUUCAUUUGAUAGCACAAAUGUCAUCUAUCAGUGGAGUGGAGUGAAUUUCAAUGUACAGCAUUUUGCUUUUGAAACAAGUGUUUUAUAAUGAGAUCAUCAAUAGGUGCAACGAAGAUUUUCACGUUUUACUUCAUACUCCUAUAUUUAUUUUUGAAAGUGAAAAUGUGUGCUUGUUCACAUCUAGCUAGGAAGAGCGUUUAUGACGGUGACAUCAAUAAUUACGACAGCGAUGAGUCACUUCAGUCGUUGACUAUCACAGCAGCUCCAACAUAUUUGACGGCAAGUCCUUCUGAUCUCGGAAAAUCUCACACAAAAAUGCAUCAUGGUAGGCAUACGGUAAUAGCCCCAAAGAUACACCACGUGCGCCACGAACAUCAUCAUGUUAAAAGUCGACACAUUACUCAAGCACAACAAGCUUUUUAUGCAUACAAAAGUAGUUUUAAAGGCGUGAACACUAGAAUGGAUAACCAUUUAUAUACAAGUCAUCACCUACCACGCGGUCAUCACUCGAGAAUGCAUCAUCACUCCAACAAAAAUAUGAUUAAGCAUCAGAACCGUGGCAAAAGUCAUCUUAACUCACGCGAUAGUCUAUUAUUUAAAUCGUCUGCAACGGUGAUACGGACGAACAAAACCAGUCUCAAUAACAUAAGCUCUAAUGAAAGCAAUCGCGAAACUAAUAGUGCACUCGAGGAUAGAACAGAAAACUCAUUAGACUUAAUAACUACUUCUACGCAAAAGCCAUCAACAAAGAGUAAUAAUUUGAAUAAGUCACAGAAAAUUGGCUUUAAUGCAUACAGCAAGUCUUAUUUUGAGGAAUUGUUGCACAGAUAUAAGUCAAACUCGCCAUAUUAUAAAGAUUAUCGGCUAAAAGACUCAAGUCGAUUACUCAAAUCUUUUUCUGAUACAAAGUGCAAUGAUAAAAAGUGUAACUAUGAGGAAGCAGAAGAGGAUUCUGAUGAUUAUGACUACGACUAUGAGGAAGAGGAAGAAGAUGAUGACGAAUACGAUGCCGACGUUGUGGAUAAUGCUGAGGCACAAGGCGAUGCCGGAUAUAGCACAACCGCAAAUCCAGUAUUUCAUGGAACAAUAGGAAUAGCAAAAAACAAUAUAACAUCGUCGUCCAACAAAGUUUUCGAUAUACAUGCGAAUACACAAGAAGGAACAGUAACAACGUCCGAGCCAGUGACUGAAAGACGACCAGCAAGAAAAGAAUCUCAUAAAACAGAUGCAUCUCGUUUGGCCACAUUUCACGCAGCAAAAAUAAAACGAGAAGGUUCGUGUUUCACCCCAAAGCCAAAAAUGAUACUAGCAUCAAACGAUCCUUCUAAGCACUACACCCCCCAUUGCACUAUACUGCAUCGAUGUGGCGACGAUGUUGGAUGUUGUUUGCCAACACAAACUUGCGCAGCAUCUAGGAAUUCAACGGUAGAGCUAUUUUUUUUUGUUCACACCGUUGGGUCAAUGCCAUCAAUUGAAAGUCUGAGUUUUAUCAAUCACACUGAAUGUGCGUGCUUUAGUCGCAAUGGGUCUGCUAUUUCAACAACAUCACCGUUACUGCCUGCGCCAAUUUGUGCCUGCCCCUCAUUGUUUCAACGAGUGAUAGAUGAUGAAAAUCGAUGCAUAUGCGACUGCUCUUCCAGUGAUACGCAGUGCGAUCAGUUUAAGCGAGGGAUGGAGCAUUUUUCUAUGGACAAUAGAAGAUGUAUUAAAGAUGGGCGUUGCAACGAGCCAUUAUGCGAAUAUGGUAAUUAUAAUAAAGCUAAAGGCAAGUGCCCCACUAGGGAAGAAAAGUUAAAUAUCGUUCUUAGGGGAUCUUGAUAGUAAAGUCUGAGUAAUGUAGCGAUAGUUACCAGGAAUUCCGAAUAAGAAUAAUACUAUUAAAAGCAAAAUGUGUACAUGACUGCAUAUUUCACAUAGGUUUUUUUUGGAUAGGAAAUUAUAAUAUGAAAUCGUUGCAAUGCAUUUUAUAUUAUACUGAAUGGUCAUUCAUUGAAAACACAAAUGUCCUUAAAUAAAUGUAUACGAAAGAUUCGUAGUUUUCAGUAUUGAUUAAUAUGGUUGCAGUUUGGUUUCGAAGUGUAACAUAUCCACUCUGAUGUUAAUUCAAUAUAAGAACUAUAUUUUUUGCAAUUCCUGAUCAUAAUAUCUAGUAUACAGUUCGUCUUUGAGUGAUAAAACGGCCUACUUUUCCAUACAACGAAAUGGGUGCUAUAAUGAACAUUAUGCAACUCAAAUGGGUUGCAUAAUAUUCAUUAUAACACUCAUUUGGGUCAAUUAAUUGCAUAUUAUUCGGCAACUCGGCCGUACGAAAACCAUUUUUUUGUUAAAUAUCUUGGCUGUGC